AUGAACCUGGGUCUGCUGAGCCAGGUUGGCUAUCCCACGUGCCUUCGACUACAGGGGUCCAGUGUUAUAGAUCUAACGUGGGGCACGCCGGCAGCUGGCGUCCGCCUCUCGGACUGGAGGGUGGAUGAAGCUGAGUUCCUGUUGGACCACCUAAAUGUUAGAUUUAGCUAUAGUCACGAGUCUACAGGUGUCCGAAAUUCUCGCCCACAACAUAAAAAGCCCCCUCGAUGGAAGGUCAACUACCUGGAUGAGGACUACUUGAUUGCGACCCUCAUUUCAGAGGAGUGGACGGGUGGAACUUUGUGCGAGGGGAGUGUGGCCGGUGCGGACUGUGCGGACAGGGGACAAACCCGUGGUAGUAAAAGUACUUACUGGUGGUCGGACGAUGUAACGAACCUUAGCGACGUUGCGAUGACCAUAGUAAGGAAACUUUCUAGAGCCAGGAAAAAGAAGAACAGGGAGGAAAUAGUGCGGUGCCAAGACGCUCGAAGGGACGCAAGGAGGGCACUGACUAGGGCUAUUAAAGAAGCCAAGAAGAACUCAUGGAGGGACCUGCUGAACUCUAUAGAGGAUGAUCCAUGGGACAGAUCUUACAAAUUGGUCUUGGGAAAACUUAGGCCUUAUGCCCAACCAGUAACUGAAACCCUAGAAGAUAGGAUACUGGAGAAUAUACUCUCUAAGCUAUUCCCAAGAGGACCGGGAACUGAGCUGCUGGAACCUCUACUCUCACAGGUGACUAUCUCUGCGGAGGAGGUCUUGGUUGUCGCCAGGAAAGGAAAAGGAGGAAGGCUCCUGGACUGGAUGAGAUACCGGGUCUGGUUGUGGGUGCUGCGUCGACACACUGUGAGAAAGGGUUGGCGCAGUGCUUCUCCGCAUGCUUCCCGACAACGUGGAAGAUAG